AUGCGUGUCGAUCUAGCUGCCCUCGUAGCAGCCAUCGCAACCAGCUGCAUCGCCGACUACCUGGUCGUACACACAAGAUGCACAUCCUGGGACCCGAAAUCGUGCGAGAGGACCGACUCCUGGUUCUACCUCAACGGCGGCAGGGCCAGCGUCAACGGCAACCACGGCUGCCGAUCGGUGCCCAUCGUCCGGUUCAUGCAAGACAUGUGCCUCGACUACGAUAGCGGGCGCGGGCACUUCCAGUUCGAGCACCAGCAUCGACGGUGCAUGGCGCUCUCUCCGAAGAGGCAUACUCUGAGAUGCCCGCCGGGUUUCUUCACAUGCUGGAGGUCUCAAUGGGAUGAGGCUACGUGUCCGAGGGAGGAAAGUUAG